CUGAUUUAUCAGCAGUGUCCUCCUGUUGCUGUGAUACUGAACUGAACAUGUCAAUAAAGCUUUUUUGAAUUCAAAUCUGGAAAAAUAGAGAACUGUCAGUCAAACUAAACUCCGCCCCCUUCACAUUCUUUCCUUCAUACCUAAAACAAGGUGAGACAGGGACGAGUGCAGUGGGGGAGGGAGGAGAGAGGAGGUGAAGAGGGGGAGGAGAAAGAACGGCAGAGAGAGAGUCAGUGUCUGAGAACAACAGCAGGAACCGGCCAGAACAAAGUCACCUGGACUCUGCCGGCCAGACCGAGCUGAUGUGAACCGAACAGGACGUCACCUGGUUUACCUGAGGUGAAGAGACACCGACUCACACACAGCUUCGUCGUCAUCUUUGACUUGGUGAGUAAGAAGCUGAGCGACUGAUGAUGCUAACGAGCCGAGGACUCGUCUGAUUGGCUGAUGAAUGGAACCCGAUCUGAGUCUGAGCCUGAGAUGAAUCAGUUUUGUCUCCUGUUGUUCUUCAUCAUCUUCACACUGUGUGCUGCCCCCCAGUGGCUGAAAAGCUUUCCUGGAGCUUUAACUUUCUCUGUGUGAUGAAGCAGCAGAGCAGCUGCUGUGUUUGUGCCUGCAGACAGGUGAGGUCUCACCUGGGCUGUUUGGUCGGUUUGUGUUUGACUUGAGGAGGAAGGAGGAGGAGGUCAUGUGACUCUGUUCAGGUAAACCACCUGAACAGGAAGAGAAGCCAUAACUUUACCGACACCCAGAGUGUGUGUGUGUGUGUUAUGGUUUUCAGUGUGUUUAUGGUGUGUGUGUUUUAACUGUGUGAGCCCACCUGUGUGAGUGUGUGUGUUAGAGUGUACCUUCAUGUUUGUAUGUGUGAGAUUUGAUCCUCCGUCAUGUCUCAAUCCAACCAGUGGUGUGGUUGUUUCCCUCAGGUCUCACUGCUGCAGCUCCCCUGCCGCCACCGCGCUGCUGCGGCGAUGUUCCGUCGCAGGAAGAAAAAGCACAGGCCGGAGAUCUCGGCGCCACGGGACUUCCAGCACCGUGUCCACACAUCAUUCGACACCACCACAGGACAUUAUGUGGGUCUGCCGCCACAGUGGCAGAGCAUCAUCGACACACUGAGGAGGCCACGCCCCCUGGUGGACCCGUCCAGGAUCACUGACGUCGAGCUCGGACCCAAGAAGACAAUUGUUCGUGGCAGUUUUAUCGGUCAUGGCGACUACAUCAGUCACGUGAUCUCUGAGAUGAGCCGUCUCUCCGUGUCCAGCUCCAACUCUCUGCGUCGCAGCAGCCCGUCAGCACGGAAACGAGCCCGGUCACUGGGCCGACUGGGAGAACUGGUGGAGGAUGAGUCGUACCAGUACGAAGAGCUCAAUCGCCUUGGAGUUGGUGGGAAGCGUGACGGGAGCUCCACCUUCUGGCAGGACCGGAUCCAACAGGUCCACACUGAGACUGGCAGUCCCAAACUGAACGGAGCUCUGCAGAGAGCCCAGUCCACCUGCCAGGUGGGGUCUGAGACCAUGCCCCCCACACCUGGGACACCAGGUGGGACAGGUGAGAUAGGUGGAUGGUAUGCCCACAGUGAGGGGGCGGGGCUAAGACAGAGGUCCAUUUCGUGUCACUACAACCCGCAGACCGUGGAGGCCAACAGCAGAGCUCACCUUAGACUGAAACCAGCUGUCAAUCACCUGCCGGACCUACUGUCCUCCUCCAAAGGAACUCCCAGAAGGCCGCACUCCUCCUAUGACCUCAAGCUGACUUCCCCCUCCUCCCACCUCCUGCUGCCUCCCCCCAACAGCACCAGCAGUCCCCUCAUCACAGGUAGAGGUUUACCUCAACGCUCGCUCCGCCCCUUCUCCAGCUUCAGCAUUAUUCCAAAAACAACGACCCCCCUGAACCAGGAUGAACCCUCCCAGCUGCACCCCUCCCCCACUGGAUCCCCAGGCUGCCCCCCUGCCAGGCUCGGCCCCUCCUCCACCCAGCAGGCAGUGCCUGACGGAGGUCCUCAGAAGGUGACCCAUGAGCAGUUUAAGGCAGCGCUGCAGAUGGUGGUGGACCCGGGUGACCCGAGGAUGACUCUGGAGAACUUUGUGAAGAUCGGGGAGGGGUCCACAGGUGUGGUCUGCAUCGCCCGAGAAAGGCACAGUGGGCGACAGGUGGCUGUGAAAAUGAUGGACCUGAGAAAACAGCAGCGCAGAGAGCUGCUCUUUAAUGAGGUGGUGAUCAUGCGGGACUACCAGCACCAGAACGUGGUGGAGAUGUACCGCAGUGCUCUGGUGGAGGAGGAACUCUGGGUAAUCAUGGAGUACCUGCAGGGCGGCGCUCUCACACACAUUGUCAGUGAAACCAGGUUGAAUGAGGAACAGAUGGCGACGGUGUGUGAAGGCGUCCUGCAGGCGCUGUCCUACCUUCACUCUCAGGGCGUCAUUCACAGAGACAUAAAGAGUGACUCCAUCUUGCUGACACUGGAUGGGAGGAUAAAACUGUCAGACUUUGGUUUCUGCGCUCAGGUCAGUAAAGAUGUCCCAAAGAGGAAGUCUCUGGUUGGGACGCCGUACUGGAUGGCUCCUGAGGUGAUCUCCAAAACACCAUAUGGUACUGAGGUGGACAUCUGGUCUGUGGGCAUCAUGGUGGUGGAGAUGGUGGAUGGUGAGCCGCCAUAUUUCAGCGACACACCAAUCACUGCCAUGAAGAAGCUGAGAGACGAAGCAGCACCAAGCGUGAAGAACAUCCACAAGGUGUCUCCGGUGUUGAAAGACUUCCUGGGCUGCAUGUUGACUCGUGACACGCUGCAGCGCAGCAGCGCCGGCGACCUGCUGGAGCACCCGUUCCUGCUGCAGGCCGGAUCACCUUGCUGCCUUGUACCACUGGUGGAGCAGCACCGCAAACGCAUGUCGCUCUGCUGAACAUGUGAAAGUAUACCUGAGACACAUGAGACUCACCUGAGACCACCUGAGAGCUCUCAGGCUGUGGUGACUCCAGCAACUGUGCAUGGAUUGCUUUGGUUUCUAUGACCAGAGAACCAUCAGCUCACUUUCUCAUUGGCUGCAAAGAAGGCUACUGACUUCAGCAGCCAAUCACAUACCAGUGUUGCUGUAAGCACCUCCCACCCAUGCUGCCUGUCAAAGCCUCAUCAGGUGAGUGAAAUCAUCCUGAAGACAGCAGCACGCCAACAGCCUGAACACUAAGGGUCACAGGGUCACUUCAGGUUGUGAGCAGUUGACGUCACCUGAAAACACACCUGUCACCUGAGAGGAGGAAAUUAUCUUAUAAUGUUCACCCACAUGCUGAAAAAUGUUUAAUACUACAUGGAUCUUAUUUUGACAGUUUUGUUUGUCAUUUCCUGUCGGUGAACAGAAAUUUUAACUCAACAAGAUGAAACAAAGUUUUUACCUGUUACCUGUACGUCUGUAUGCUGCUCCCUGGUGACCUUUAACCUGCUGUUCUGUCAUGUUUAACUCUAGAACGGAGGAUGUUUUUUAACAUUUCAGCUUUCCUCACGUUUCUGUGCAGAAACAGAAUUUCACAUCCAAAACCACAGAAAUUAAUGAAAAAGAACAUUUCAGUCAGUAACAAUGAUAAUUUAAAUUUGAAUUUAAAACAAUUUCAAGCCUUUAACACAACAAUCAGUGGCAAACAUAAACCAACGAGGAGAGUAGAUCAGUUUUUUUUUUAUUUAGUUCUGCUUUGUGUUGACCUCUUUGUAAAUGAAACACAUCCCACUGAAAAUAAUUAUUGAAAUUACUUGAUUAUUUAUUUUGUCUAUAAAAUUUCAGGAAGCAAUAGUAAUAAUAAUGUUCGCAUGCUUUUAGUUCUUUAAUGGGAGUAUUAAUAAUUUGCUCCUGUGAUGAUGAUCAGUGAUGAAAAGCUCUUUGGCUUUUGUGGAUUUAUUUUGAGAACUUGCACAGUUUCUGUGUGACUUUGCACAUUAGUUACAUGUUUUCAUUUGAGAUUUGUUUAUAAAAUGUUAAUAAACGGAUGGUAUUUUAAAAUC